AUGAACACCGAGACCAUAUCACACAGGACUCCCAGCUUGACUUCUGCAAUCACCACCACUGAGACCAUUACUCCUGGCUUCUCUUCUUCAAUUGCCACCUCCAAGACCACCUCAACCAGUCCUCUCAGAUCCACCUUUGUGAUCGGCACCACCAAGACCACUUCAUACAGUACUCCCAGGUUCACUUCCGUGAUUGCCAGCACCAAGACCACCUCACACAGCACUCCCAGUUUGACUUCUCUGAUCACCACCACCGGGACCAGCGCACACAGUACCCUCGGCUUAAGUUCUUCAAUCGCCACCACCGAGACAACCUCACACAGUACUGCCAGCUUCACUUCUUCGAUUGCCACCACUGAGACCAUGUCACAGAAUACUCCUGGCUUCACUUCUUCAAUUGCCACCACCGAGAUCACCUCACAUAGUACUCCCAGCUUCACUUCUUCAAUCACCACCAUGGAGACAACCUCACAGAGUGCUCCCAGCUUCACUUCUUUGAUCACCAUCACUGGGUCGACAUCCCACACUACUGCCAGCUUCACUUCUUCAAUCACCACCACUGAGACCACCUCAUACAGUACUCCCAGCAUCACUUCUUCAAUCACCACCACCGAGAGGACAUCCCACAGCACUCCCAGCUACACUUCUUCGAUUGCCACCAGUGAGACACCCUCACACACUGUUCCCAGCUUCACUUCUUCGAUCACCACCACCGAGAGCACAUCCCACAGUAAUCCCAGCUUGACUUCUGCCAUCACCACCACUGAGACCAGGUCACACAGUCCUCCCAUCUUCACUUCUUCGAUCACCACCAUAGAGACCACCUCACACAGUACUCCCAGCUUCACUUCGUCGAUGACCACCACCGAGACCCCCUCACUCAGUCCUCCAGCCUUCACUUUUUCGAUCUCCACCACCAAGACCAACUCACACAGUCCUCCCAGCUUCACUUCUUCAAUCACUACCACCGAAACCCCCUCACACAGUCCUCCCAGCUUCACUUCUUUGAUCACCACCACGGAGUCCACCUCACACAGUCCUCUGAGCUUCACUUCUGUGAUCACCACCACAGAGAGCACCUCACACAGUACUCCCAUCUUCACUUCUUCGAUUGCCACCGCUGAGACGACCUCACACACUCCUCCCAGCUUCACUUCUUUGAUCACUACCACCGAGACCCCCUCACACAACCACCUCAACCAGUCCUCCCAGAUUCACCUUUGCGAUCGCCACCACCAAGACAACCUUACACAGUACUCCCAGUACUACCAGUUUCCCUUCUUCAAUCACCACAACCAAGGCCACCUCACACAGUACUCCCAGCUUCACUUCUUCAAUCACCGCCACGGAGACCACCUCACACCAUACUCCUAG